GUGUUUACAUCCAACAUGUCGCUACAUUGCUCCCUUCUGCUGCUGUGCGUGACACGGCUGGUCUCGCCCUCCUCUGCUCUGCCCUUUGAACAAAGAGGCUUUUGGGACUUUGCUCUGGACAGUUUGGAGAACGGCGGCUUGAUGGCCAUGAUGAGGGACGAGGAAGAGAUCUCGGGCAGCGGAGAGCUUCCCACUCCCGACGUGCCCAUGUGUCCCUUCGGCUGCCACUGCCAGCUCCGGAUCGUUCAGUGCUCUGACCUCGGUUUGACAGAGGUGCCAAAGAAUAUUCCUCCAGACACUAAGUUCCUGGACCUGCAGAACAACCGCAUCAGUGAGCUAAAGGAGAACGACUUCAGAGGCCUUACUAACUUAUAUGCUCUGUCUGUGAGGAAUAACAGGAUUUCCAAAGUCCAUCCCAAAGCAUUUGCCCCUUUGAGGCACAUGCAGAAGCUCUACUUUUCAAAGAAUCUACUGACCACCAUCCCCAAAAACUUGCCUUCUUCUCUGGUUGAGCUGAGGAUCCAUGAGAACCAAAUCAAGAAGGUGGCAGCUGGAGCCUUCUCUGGACUGGGCAACAUGCACUGCAUAGAAAUGGGAGCAAACCCCAUCCAGAACAGUGGGUUUGAGCCAGGAGCUUUUAGGGGACUUAAACUGAAUUAUCUGCGUAUAUCUGAAGCCAAACUAACUGGAGUCCCAAAAGAUCUCCCAGAGAGUCUCCAUGAGCUUCAUCUGGACCACAAUCAAAUCCAGGCUGUGGAACUGGAGGACCUGAGCCGCUACAAAAACCUCUUCAGACUGGGCCUCGGCUUCAACCACAUUCGUAACAUAGAGAACGGCAGCCUGUCAUAUCUGCCCAUGCUGAGGGAGCUGCACCUGGACAACAACCGCCUCACACGUGUUCCCCAGGGCCUUCCAAGCAUGAAGUACCUGCAGGUGGUCUACCUCCACUCCAACAACAUCAGUCACGUGGGCGUGGAUGACUUCUGCCCUCGAGGGUUUGGGAUGAAGAGGACGUUCUAUAAUGGCAUCAGCCUGUUCGAAAACCCCGUCAACUACUGGGAGGUGCAGCCGGCGACGUUCCGCUGCGUGGGCGACCGCUUCGCCAUUCAGUUUGGAAACUACAAAAAAUAAAGACAGGGCGAUGCUGAGCAAUUAUUAAAUAAAAGGCAAAAUUUAAAAAAAGGCAAGGGAAAUACUGGUGAUAGGGAGGCGGGAGCGAAGAAAAUAAUUUAAAUCUUGAAUAAAACUUGAGACAUAGCAGAAAAAGGAGUUCACAUUUGAUAUUUUGGAAACGUUUCUUUAGAGUGUUUUAUUUUUUAUUAUUAUUAUUUUUUGUGUGGUGCGGCCGAGUGAUGGAGAAAGACGGGAAAUAAACUUGUUGAAUAGAAAAAGGACUGAAACAUUCAAUCCCUUAACUUGAAGUGAGCAGUACUGCAUCCGGUUUUACACUUUUCUUUUACCUUUUUUUUGUAAGUGAAGUUUUUUCCACCUGAAGCUGAUAAAAAUGAGGAGAACGUUUGAGGAGAGUGUUUGUCCCCCAAGCAUUUGUCUAUGUCAAAGUUCUGAAAAUUGUGGAGCCUUUUAUUCCAGUUUCUCAAAAUAGCUGUUCUUGUGAUAAAAGUCAUUAUUCUGUUAUUGUUGUUGUUUUGUUGAAAAUUAAGAGUAAAURUAGAAAAGCAAUACAUUUUAGAACAUUUUUAUACAAAAAUGAUGCUUUAUGACGUCCUGUGUGUGCUGACUUGAUAAACACAUCGCAUUGUUCCUGUUUUUUGAUCUGUUAUUGAUCUUUAGGUCCUGAAAUCUCUGCAUCUUUUCUAAGUUAUCUGAGCAAUACCAUAACACAGUAUGUCUUACGUGGAGACUGAGCUGGUGAGGCUCUYUCCCCAGACUUAAUAAAGACUGAAUUAACACACCUGCUUUACUUUGAGAUAAGAAAAGCAGUGUGUCUGCACGGCGCAACACACAAAAGUAGUGUUGAUGCAAUGUUUUGCACAGAUUUUCUGCUUUAUCUGCUUUAUGGUACAAUAUGGGGGGUUAGGGUGGUGAGUAGUGGCCUGUUUACAGUUGUAGACUUUGUGUGUAACUACUUUAACCAUAAGUAUUAUGUCCUGUCUCUGUUCUGUAAUCUGACAAGCUACAGCUGCAUGUGAAUAAAGACUUUUUUUAGCCUGCUGCAUUCAGUGAGAAAACAACUGAUGGACCCUCUUUGGUUGGAAGCUGUGUGAGAAAUAAAGGAGAAAAACUGAAAACA